AUGAAACUGGGGACAAGAAGGAAAUGUGGUAAUCGGUCGCUACUGCUGUCCACACUCCUUUUCCUAAUCGACUUUACCAACUCACAAUUGAGCUCCGUGUUUCAUGAGCUCCCUGCGGCGCUGAGUCAUCGAGCGUUGCUUGAGGAGAGCAGAUUUGUCGAUACAGAGGACAGAAAACUGGCGGAUGAUGAGGAUUUGGAUGACUUGGACUUAGACGAUCCCUUGGCCACGGAGAUUUUACAGGACGAAGUCAAGGAGCCAAUGUGGAUUCGGUCGGGUCAGUCAUUUUGUGUCAUUCCCUCUUCCUUUCAAUGUUAAGAAGGCCGCUGUUUAGCGAUAAAAAUAUUAGAAACAGGUGAAAAAAAUGAAACGUUUUCCUAGAGCAGAUAGAAGUGUGGCUUUGUUGCAGUGCCAAAAUUUUGUUGUACUUUUUUGCGAUUUUGCAAAAAGUCGCUUCGAAAAUUGAAACCUCUACAGUGGGGGACCUGAUCCAGCGGCAAAAAGGUACCAUUUUGCAUCCGGGAAGUAACAAAAAUUGUGGCAAAAUGCCUCCCUCUCCAAGUGAAAAAAACUCCGAUUUCAAAAGCGCGCCCGCUCUUUUAGUGAGGGAAGAGCCGCGAGCUUCAAAUCGGUGUUUUUUCACUUGGAGAGGGAAGCAUUAGCCACAUUUUUGAUGCUUCCCGGAUGCAAAAUGGUAUUACCACUGGAUCGGGCCUUCACUGUAUAAAAAGACGUUUUACAGCAAGCUCAUUUCUCGAUCGUUUAUUUUAUUUAUUUUCCGUUGGCGAAAAAGGCCCCAGGGUUUCAAUGCUGCUCUGCCGACAAUACUUACCCUUUUUCAGGUAAAUUCCAAGGAGAUAUCGAUGGGGUGGAUCCACACCUCCUUAAGAAGCUGGUAAGUAUCUUGAGGAAACGCUUGUCGGCAAAAUAAUAAGCGCAAUGUCGUUGCGUGUCGCUGAGGUGAAAAGCAAUUUGAUUUUUCCGCGGCGCGAUUUACACGGUCUUUCAGGAAACUUGAAUUAAAGUUGGAGGGCCCUACUUCAAAAUGUCAUAGCGACCUCAGUUUGCACUUUAAAAUCUUGUUAUUUCACAGACAAAAAACAAUGUCGCUUAAAAAUACAUUUUCCAAAAAAAACGAAGUCUCUGCGCCGCCUCCAUCGGAAGUUAUAGCCUCCGACUUUCCUUCACAUUUCUUGAAAGACCCUGUAUUUUCUCGACAACGAUGCGAUUUUUGAUGCGACACAAUAGUGCUUAUUAUUUACCCGACAGACUGAUACCAAGCUGGAUCUGUCUAGAUCUUAUUUUAAAACUACUCUGUUUAGAAUACAGCUCCUGUCCAAAUGAACGCACUUCGAAACAAGCAAUUGAUCUGGACCAACGGAAUUGUCCCCUACGUUCUGGACGAAGCAUUCAGUAAGUAAGUUCUCGAACUAUUCUUUGCUGUACGACCGUCAAAAGUCCCCAUUACAACAGUGUUUUUCAGCUCAAAGUGAGGUCAAGCUGUUGGAGAAGGCGUUUCGAACAUACCGGAAGCGAACCUGCAUCAGAUUUCGGCCCCACAAUGGCGAAAAGGACUACUUGCACAUUGUGAAAGGACUUGGGUAAUUUGAGUUUUUGCCUUUUGACCUCAAACCGGCCACAUCUGAUUGUCAUCAUUUUAAGGUGUUACUCGCAAGUUGGAAAGACCGGUGGAAAGCAAGAGAUCUCGUUGGGCCGAGGCUGUCUGUAUCACGAGAUCGUCCUCCACGAAUUGAUGCAUUCGCUUGGGGCGUGGCAUGAGCAUAGUAGGGCGGAUCGCGAUGAUUUUGUGAAGAUACGAUGGGAGAAUAUCUUGAAUGGAAUGGAGAGCCAGUUCGAUAUUAUUUCACCGGCGUUGCAGGUAAGAUACGAAGAGUUUCGACAAAUCGCAGCCCUCAAAAAAAUGCCCAGGCCUUAGAAAUGUCGUACAGGGGGGACCUGAUCCAGUGGCAAAAAACGUACCAUUUUGGAUCCAGGAAGCAUCAAAAAUGUGGCAAAAUGUCUCCCUUUCCAAGUGAAAAAACACAGAUUUCAAAAGCGCGCCCGCUCUAUUUGUGAGGAAAAAGGGCGCGCUCUUCAAAACAAAGCUUUUUCGCUUGGAGAGGGAAGCAUUUUGCCACAUUUUUGUUACUUCCUAGAUUCAAAGUGUCACGUUUUUUGCCAUGGAUCAGGUCCCUCACUGUGUGUAAAUUUUGCCAAGCUGCAGCAAAAUUUGAACAUUUCCUCUCGGACAUUUAACGCCAAAAUAUCUUUUGCAGGACACACAAGGAGUCCGCUAUGACUACCGCUCCAUUAUGCAUUAUGAUUCGGCGGCGUUCUCCAGGAAUGGCAAGAACACCAUCGAGACCGUUGAAGACGGCUUCACCUCCGUCAUUGGUGCCGCAAAAGACCUCAGCGAACUGGAUAUCGUCAAGCUGAACAAACUCUAUCAAUGCGCGCCGAAAACGAGUAGUGCGAAAAAAUCGGUAUUUUCACGAUCGCGAAGUAAAGCAAAGGUUACGCUGCCGCCUCCACUGCCAAUGGUCGGACGAAUUGGAACCUCUGUGGCCAAGGAUUCAGCGGCCACAAAGAGUCCAACGGCAUUGACGACGACCGCGUUUGCCAGUAAACUUAAAGGGAGUAAGAAGGGGACAACCGAAGGUGGUAAGAAAUACAUGAAACGAGAAAAACAAGUGCUUUCUCUACCCUCAUCCUCACAGCAAAUAACAUGUAUUCCUUACCACUUGCUUUACUAAUACUGUUACAAACAAAAUCCUCGCCAUUUCGCUUUAUAAACUUUCGUAUUUUAGCCCCCGAUUGUCACGACCAUUUCCUGGAUUGUCCUGGAUUCAAGGACUACUGUCGGAAGGUGUCGUUCUUCUUCGUCAUGAAGGCUUAUUGUCCACAAACUUGCGGUCAUUGUCAGAAAGUUGCAGCAUAA